GGUUUCUCUACAACGAUUAGGGUUUGAGAAUUUCAGGAGCUAACGAAGAGAGACCAGCGCAGCUUCUGCAAACAUGAAAUUCAAUAUCGCCAAUCCGACCACCGGUUGCCAGAAAAAGUUAGAGAUUGAUGACGAUCAAAAACUCAGAGCAUUCUUCGACAAGAGAAUCUCACAGGAAGUCAGUGGUGAUUCUUUGGGCGAAGAGUUCAAAGGAUACGUUUUUAAGAUCAUGGGAGGUUGUGACAAGCAAGGUUUCCCAAUGAAGCAGGGAGUGUUGACUCCAGGCCGAGUCCGUCUCUUGCUCCACCGUGGAACACCUUGUUUCCGUGGUUUCGGAAGGCGUACCGGAGAGCGAAGGAGGAAAUCAGUCCGUGGAUGCAUCGUCAGCCAAGAUCUCUCGGUUUUGAAUCUGGUUAUUGUGAAGAAAGGAGAGAAUGAUCUUCCUGGAUUGACUGAUACCGAGAAACCUAGAAUGAGAGGUCCAAAGAGGGCUUCAAAAAUCCGUAAGCUGUUUAAUCUUUCGAAGGAUGAUGAUGUUAGGAAGUAUGUGAACACUUAUCGCAGGUCCUUUACAACCAAGUGUAAGAAGGCUAGCAAAGCUCCUAAGAUUCAGAGGCUUGUUACUCCAUUGACUUUGCAGAGGAAGAGGGCUAGAAUUGCAGAUAAGAAGAAGAGGGUGGCGAAAUCGAAGGCUGAUGCUGCUGAGUACCAGAAACUCCUUGCGUCUAGAUUGAAGGAGCAGAGGGAGCGUCGCAGUGAGAGUUUGGCUAAGAAAAGGUCCAGACUUUCUUCUGCUAAACCAUCAGUUUGAUCUAAGAAAUUUGAUAUUUAGUUUAUUUUUAGUUUUGGUUUAAUGGUUUUUUUGAUUAUGUUUUGGAACUAUUGAUUUUUGUUUUUUUUUUUAUUUUUGAAACUUUGAGUAUUAUGAAUUAAUGUUUGGAUUCAGGCUAUAAAUUUAUGUUUCAAUUUUUGGAUGA